AAUCCUUAUGGAAUUACAUCAUAGUUCUUAUUUUCUUAUAUAAUUUUAGUGACAUUCCUUGAUUCAUAUAGUGUUCCACUUUCUUACUUUCAGUUAAUUGCCUAUUUUUCGUAUAGGGUUGAGGAGGGGUGGCAGAAUAAGAAUGUGAUCAUCAAAUUUCACAAUGCUAAAGGGCGUUCAUUUAAUCAUACAACAAAUAGGUUGUCGAGGUAGAGAAGAAAGAUGAUGCUUAUGGCGAUCAUGAAGAGGAGCAACCAUCACAGAAGAGGUCUUAAAGACAAGUGGGUAACACAAGUUACAUUUUCGGUGAUAAAGGGCUUCCGUAUGUGAACAAUAAAAAUAAUAGAUGAUACCGGUUGUAGAGGCUCUAGAUUAGUUUUAUGCACUUUGGAUACCUAAUCUUUGUAUGGAAAGAGACCAGAGUAAUACACAUUGAUCUCUGUUUUGUCCAAAUGAGGUUCCAGGUGUGACUAAUUGUUGAUGUCUAGAGGAGGUUGCAUCAGAACCCACAAUUCAACAAAAGGGACAAAAGGGUGUGAUAUCAUUAGCUGGACUCUAGUUUAGGUCAUGCCAUCCAAGCGAAAUGGCAAGAACAAGAUCUCUAGCUGCAAAAGAGUGUCGAUGAUGCAGGUUCCAAGCGGUUUUUAGAUCUCUGUGAAAAUACUUUAAACACACGAUGCUGCUUUCCGCCAUUCCCAAUUGCAACAGCAGGCUGAUUUCCCCUACUGUAAACCAGGAAAAGGGGAAUCAACGAGAUGAAACGCAAUGGGUGAACCCACAACGACAGAUAAAGUUUCUGCAAAGAUUGACUCCAUCAUUAUUUGCUGCAUUCGUAGCCUUAUCUCCUAUCAUAACUCCUCCAGUAGGAUCAUAUGCUGAAGCAAUAGAUGUACAACGAGGAGCUUCAUUAUUUGGCCAUGCUUGCAUCGGAUGUCAUGUUGCAGGUGGAAACAUAAUACAACCAGGAGCAACUCUCUUUCUAAAAGACCUACAAAGAAAUGGAGUUGAUACAGAAGAGGAAAUAUACAACAUAACAUAUUAUGGAAAGGGAAGAAUGCCUGGGUUUGGAGAGAUGUGUACACCAAGGGGUCAAUGCACAUUUGGAGCUCGUCUAAAAGAAGAUGAAAUAAAACUUUUGGCUAAUUUUGUGAAGUCACAAGCUGAUCAAGGAUGGUUAAACAUAGGAAAUGGUGGAGAUUGAUCCAUCUUGCCAUGUAAUGUUGAAAUCAGUACCAUAUGUAGCAUCAUGUUCAUACUAUUCUUAAUACUAGAUUAUAACCGCGUUAAACGUUGGGAAACGCAUAAAAAAACAUACAACCGUCUAUAAAUAUUGCAUAAUAAUAAAAAAAAAUUAUGGCU